UGGGAAAAUCCCUUAAGGGAAUUCCAUUUCGCAAUUGCUUAUAAAUGCUGGGUCAUUUCCAGCGAAGCGAAACUGCAAGAAUUCACUUUCGCUGUAGUGCAGUAUAAAAGUCAAGAUUCUAAACACUAGCUUGUUUUGUCGUGUGGUAUUUUAAUAUACAAGACAUAAAAUGUCGUCCGCCGCAUUGCAAAACCAUUUAAAGAACUCUGGCUACAAAAUUCAAGCAAUAGACCCCGAUAAUGCGGGCAAAUAUGAUUCCUCGAUUCCUCUUAUACUCCCGAACGAUCACGAGUAUGAUUUAAAGACGAAAAGUAUUAUAAAGAAAGCUGGUGUCCAACGAACUAGUUUGUAUCUGGUGCCAGAAGCUUUGGAGUUGCUGAGUUCUGUUACAUCACCGCUGGCUGUUCUGUCGAUAUGUGGACCAAUGCGAACGGGAAAGUCUUAUAUUUUAUCAAGGUAAGUCGUUCGGGGUCAUUUAAAUUUUCAAUAUGAAUAUAAAUACAAAUACAUAUUUAGCAUUUUAGACGAAGGCUCGUCGUCAAAUUUUUGCUUUUUCCUAGAAUGAGUACCGUGAAUUACAUUACGCAUGCGCGAGUCCUGCGCUUGAAAUGUAUGUGUUAUUUUCCGCUGGCUGAGGCACGAAAGAAGCGGAAAAUGUUUUCUCACACACUGCUGGGGGCCUGAUGAAAUCAGGGUGUUACAGGGUGGUGCAGGUUAUAUGAGCAUAUUUUUGUUGUUGCUCAGCGAGGCUUGACAGUAUCCCACCCACCCAGCCCUAUUAUGUUUAUUAGUAGAGAGUAGGGGAACAGAACGGCUUUGGAUUGGGUAUAUGUUAUUAUGUACUUGUUAUAGUAAUUAUGUAGCGAGCAAUUGUAAUGUAUGUUAGUUUUAAUAAAUGUCAUGCUUGCGGCUGACGCUGCAGCACCUCCCAGCGGUGUGUGAGAAAAUAUAUUUAUCAUUGUCUUACUAGAAGAGGUCCAAUCCCCCGUAUACAAUAAAAAGGGGAGUGCUUUUAGAAAACAUACAAGAUUUUAAUAAAGUCGAACUGAAACAGUCUUCACAUGCAACUGAGCUGAGAUUAUAAUCAGAAACUAUAUACAAUCCGGGCCAAAACGUUGUGGGCAACCCACAGACAUUGGCCUCCAAUGAUGAAUACUCCCCCCGCUCCCCCAAGUCAAUGUUGAAUGGAAUUUUUCAUCAAAUAAGAAGUGGAGAUAAUGAAGAUAUGCAACAUUGAAGAGGGGGUGGGGGUAUGCAACAUUGAAGAGGGGGUGGGGGUAUGCAACAUUGAAGAGGGGGUGGGGGUAUGCAACAUUGAAGGGUGGGAUGCAGGCAAUUGAAGGGGUGGGAGUAUGCAACAGCAGAAGGGGUGGGGAUAUGCACAUUGAAAGAGGGUGGGGGUAUGCAACAUUGAAGAGGGGUAGGGGUAUGCAACAUUGAAGAGGGGGGUGGGGAUAUGCAACAUUGAAGAGGGGGUGGGGAAUAUGCGUGUAAUUUAUAAAGUCCAGUUUUAGAUUGUUAGGGAAAAAAGAUUGGAGAAAAAAAAGAUUGGAUUUGGAUUGGAUUGUUAGGAUUUUUUUUCUUUUUGUUAGGAUUUUUGCAAAAGUGGAUUAAGUGUCCACAUGAAUUUUGGCCUGGAUUGUAGUUUUACAUAAUUAGUAGUUAUAUAUUUUUGUCAUAAUUAGUAGUUAUAUAUAUUUAAUUUGUUUCCUUCCCUCUUUCACUUUCCUAUUAUCGUUCAUGAUACUUUCGUUUUAUUCACAAAAACUGAAAAUGUUUGUUUUGGUAUGCACUUGUGUUUUAAUUUCAGAUUGUUAGGUGAAGUGGAUGCUUUUGAUCUCGGGCACACGUUUGAUCCGAAGACUUUCGGAAUAUGGAUGGGAACGAAGAUUCUUGUAGGAAAAGAUAAAAAUGGAAAAGAACAAGCUGUCCUCUUGUUGGAUACAGAAGGGAUUGGUAAGGAUUAAUAUCAGUGAAAUGAAACUAACAAGUGGAUAGCUCUAUCAGGUCAAACUAUUCUGGCUAGAUCCAAUCACCUUCCUUUACUGAACCUUUGUUAUUGCGAGAAAAACGCCUGCGGUAUUUGGUAGAAUAGAACUGAACAUUUUUAUCAUCAGACAACUGUAAAUUGCAGGAAUCAAACCCUGAUCUCAGAGGUGAACACACAUGUACCGUUGUAAUUGAAUAGCUUUCGUCCUCUUCAAUGUGGGAACGAAGACAUUUGUCUUUAAAUGAAAUAUGGCAAAGCGUGCUGUCGUCAGAAAAUUAUUACAGUUAUAUAAGUUUGUAUCCGUUCAGUCCGUCGUAACUUGUGCGUCUCAGUGGCUUUACCAAUUCCAUUUUGUACUUUCUCUUUUUGUGUCCACAGAUGCUCCAGGUGCAAAUGUUUCUCAAGACGCUGGAAUCCUUGUGUUGACCAUCUUGAUUUCCUCCAUAUUGAUUUAUAACUCGCAGAAUGUUCCGUACAAGAAGGAUUUAGAGAAACUGGAGUAUGUCUCAUCUAUUUUGCUUUACAUAGAAUCAGAACUGUCUUCUAACAUAAAAUCAGAACUUUCUCCUUUACUUAGAACUAUUUUUGCAUUUGACGUGACUUGCAUGCAUAAAUACAACCAAUUGACUUUUUUCGUUUUCCAUAAUGAUCUUUAUUUAGUUUUGUCACUAUUAUGAGGCAGCGUGGAGGCUAAACUAAACUAAUUUAAAACUAAAGGCUGGUAUCAAAGUUUCUGUGAUCACAGUAGGAAUUUGCGUAGGCUAAACUUAGGUUUUGAAAGAUUUACAAGAAAUGUUUGUGGGAACUAAAUUGGUGUUUAACACUGUUUACAAACUCUUCAAAACUUGCUGCGAGAAACUUUGAUACUGUAAACCAGCUUUAAAUGUGUUUACUGAAAAGCUGCAUCAGUCAUUUUCAAAUUGCUAGAGUUCCAGUAAGAGCCAUCUCUUACUCUGAGGAAGAAUCUAGAGUACCUGGUGAAAACUUGCGCUGUUAAUGUUGCUAAGUUAUAGUAACAAAACUGAAUAUCACGACAGGAAUGGACCAUUCCCCAAUUAAUCAAAAUUUUGAUCUCAACAAGUCUAGACAAAAUUCCAUCAUAGCAUGAAAGAACAUCACAAAAUUAGUAAUAUUCCAAAGUUUCGUUGCGAAAUGUUGUAAAAUGCGGAUAAUAUAGCCUUGCGAAGUUUGUAAUUUUCAGUCAUUUUGUAUCACGCACAGAAGUGGUAACCAUUUCCCGUUUGUAAUCUAAAAUGACUGAAAAUUGCAAACUUCGCAAGGCUAUAUUAUGCGCAUUUUACAACAUUUUGCAACGAAACUUUGGAAUAUUACUAAUUUUGUGAUGCUCUUUCAAGCUGUGAUGAAAUUUUUGUCUAGAUUUGUUGAGUUCAAAAUUUUGGUUAAUUGGGAAAUGAUCCAUUGAACCACAUGGAGUUCCAGAAAUGAAAGACACAAUCACCACUGUUCAUGUUCUGUGUGAGUGUGUAUAUAUAACUUCAUUUACCAUUUUUAGUUGUUUCGUCCGCUUGGCAGAAGGCUUUGAAGUGAAGAGGAAUCAUGAAAUGGAAGUAGGGGAAAUUUCGCAAUAUUUUCCCCAUUUCAUCUGGUUACUUCGUGAUGUUAGCUUGAUAACUUCUGAUGAUGGCGAGGGCGGGGAAAUGGACCCCACUGAUUACAUCAAGAAAAAGGUAUUUGAUUUACAUAUAUUCAUUUUAUUUUUAAUGGAUAUUUUAGUUAUUUCCAGCAAUUAAUUAGUGUAUUGUUCUGAUUCUAAUUUAGUGUCAGACCCAUGUCAAGUCGGCUUUUCUUCAGAGACUCCGCCCGGUCUGGUCUUGCAAUAGCACUGGACCAAUAUAGACUAAACCUGUAGGGCAGUGGUGUAGUCUUAAGAUUUUAACAAGGGGCCUCAUCUAGACUUUCUAGACUGUAGGCUCUCUUAAAAACUAUUUCCUGCAUUUGAAGUGGUGUUAUGAAGUUUAACUGUACAAUAAUACCAACUAGCAAAUAUUUGUUAUAUCGAAGAUUAUUUCAGUCUUGGUAAAAAUCGUAAGGGAAGCUGGGCUCCCCCUACCCCACCCCCUAAAGUCAUCUUGUCGUAAUAUUGUACCAACAAGAGAUUGACCUUACUAGACCCCUGGAGAGGACAGUUUAGAACUGGUAAUGCUAUCAAGCAUACAUAAAUUCCUUUCCAUUAUCCUUUUCUUUACAUUUUAGGUACUUUCGAGGGGCAGAGGUUUCAAAACAGACAAGUCAGACGAAGUGGGGCGAGCUAUAAUAACAUUCUUCCCCGAUAUUGAAUGCAAGACUCUCCCUACACCGCACAGUGAUGAAAAAAUAAUGCAAAACAUUGCACAACAUACAAAUGAUCUGAACCCAAAGUUUCAGAAAGGAGUUCAGGAUUUCAUGGCACAUUUGAUUGCAAAGGUUCAAACGAAUGGUGCUAAACAUGGCUACCAAAAGGGCUCUGUAAUAACUGGUAAGUUUUAUGAAUCGUCUUACUACCUACCUACCUAUCCUCCUAACCACUACCUACGUACGUACUUACUUACUUACAUACCUACCUACCUACCUACCUAUCCACAUAACUAUCUAUUUGACUACCUACUUGCAUACCUACCUACCUAUCUACCCUCAUAACUAUCUAUUUGACUACCUACUUACAUACCUAUACCUACCUAUCUACCCACAUAAGUAUCUAUUUGACUACCUACUUACAUACCUACCUACCCACCUACGUACCUACCCAACCAACCAACUUACCUACCUAUCCACCAACCUACCUAUCUACCCACAUAACUAUCUAUUUGACUACCUACUUGCAUACGUAAUUGCAUACAUUUUCUAAUCUCCAGGCACUUUGCUGUGUGGAUUACUCAAGGAGUACCUCAUUGCAGUCAAUGAUCCUAAUGCUAUCCCCUGUCUUGACAAUGCUUGGAAAAAUACUGUUGAUUUACUGAGAACAAAAACCAUGGAUGAACUGAUCAAGAAAUACAAAACUGCUAUGACGGUAUGCUUUGUCAUUAAAUAUUUAAGAUUAAAUUUCAUGGUUUGUGGAAAUGUAUGAAAGCUCAAGUUAACAUUGAUGAAAUAUUUUACUUCAGGAAAAAAUCCAGGCUGCCAGUGUUCGCGGUGGAAGAACUUAUCCCUUGGAAGAAGAUGCCGGCGGUCAACAGCGGUAUCUUACUUUAAUUUAUUUGAUUACGCACUCUCCCCUUGACGAGUAAAAUCGUUUGCCGUUAGACACGGUAAAAUUAUAAUGUAGAGCGCAUUUGGGUAUAAUACAACUUAAUGGAUUAAUUUUGUGUUGCACUGGUUUUCUAUCCGAUAUAUUACUACAUUAAUUAUUCUCUUUCCAGAGGUGCAACCCUGAUGGGACUUCAUGAUCAAAUAUUGAAAGCUAUUACCAAAGAACUGCUUGAUAAAGUGGCGCAUUUUGGCGCAGGAGAUAUCAAAGACCUGAAGAAAAACAGUGAAGAAUUGGUUAAAAUAUUUCAGAAGAAAAUUAGUAAGACAUAUUGAAUUAUCUUGAUUUAUGCUGGCGACAGAUUAUCCGUCUGGACAAACUUGUGUAAAGAAAAUAUUGUUCGUCUGUCUUCUGUGUGUAUUGGAUGAUUCCAGCUAGACGAAACGUUGAUCUAGACAAGAAGAACGAAACCCAUUACCAUAGCUGGAAAGAGCGUCUUAAAAUGAGUAAAAUUGCAAAGUUUGAUUGCGAAUUGUUGUAAAAUGAGGAUGUUGUAAAAUAUAUAGCCAUGUGAAGUUCGCAAAUUUUGUAUAUAUUUGCAUUACGCGCGGGAAAAGGCGUAUUUUUGAGGCGAAAGUGGUUUAUUUUUACCACGCGUAGUUAUACAUACAAAAGUUUGCGAACUUCUCAGGGCUAUAUUUUCUUCAUUUUACAACAUUUUGCAACCAAACUUUGCAGUUUUACUCAUUCUAAGCCGCUCUUUCUAGCUGUGGUGUUGGAUUUUGUUCUUCUUGCCUUGAUCAAAAUUCAGUCUAUAGCUGAAAUCACCCAGUCAUCUGUGUAUAAACGCAGUUUGAGACGAACUGUCUGCGUAAUUAUAUUCGUCUCCACAAACGAACCAUAGUGAGCGUAUAGAUCAUCUUGGCAGAUGAUCCGUCUAUGUGUCUUCAUAAAUACGGCAUUAGCUGACUUCCGUAGUUCCGUGGUCUCUCACACAAAUGUUAAACUAAGGUUACGUUUACACUUGUACCAGAUAGCUUUCCGUAGCGACGUGAAAAACACCUUUUAGGAACGCUAUUUUCAGAGGAAUUUUUGCAACUGAGAGAUGUUGUUUCGCUCAGCUUCUGAAAGUUGUACAAUCCGUAUCGGAUAGGUGAUUUUUCCCGCCGCUAUGGAAAGCUAUCCGGUAUAGUGUCAACGUAGCCUAAAUGCCUGAUUUACAACCUCGUACCCAGGGCCUUUGCGCGAUUCAGAGGCUCUGGUAUUCCCAUACCAGAGCCUCUGAACCGCGCAAAAGCCCUGGGUACGAGGUUGCCUGAUUUAUGCUAAGGACGGAUGAUCCCUCGAGAUUUGUCAUCUGAAAAACUAAUUAGCUAGAAUAGCGCGAUCUAGGCUGGCAAUGAUUCCGGGAACAAACCAUGUCUGAUAUUUUGUCCUUGAUUAUAGAGUAUGUUUAUAAAGCAAACCGUCUUAAAACUAGGUUUCGCUAUUUUUGUUUAGUUGAAGUACGCAAAAAGAAAGGAUUCACAAUGGAUGCUCAUGGCAAUCGAAAAGAAUACGAAGGAAUGGAAGUCUGUGGAGGUGAAUUACUCGAGUUCAUCCGUAAAAACAGAUCUCUCUCGAAAGAAUAUUGCACCAAACUGUACCAAGAACUAUUCGCGCCAAUUCAAGCAAAAAUCGAACACGAAAUCGAAACCUACACGUUCAAACAACUGGAAGCAGACUUCAGGAAAUUGAACGAGGAGUAUUUGAGGCGUGCUAUUGGUCCGGAAAAAUGGAACGUUCUUAGCGAAAUGGAUAAGAAAAUGGUGGAAGCACAAAAAAGCAAUUUUAAGAAGGUGAAAGGGUAUCAGGAGAAA